GAUUGGUUUAUUUUAACAACUUGAAAAUAAUAACUUUUUGGAUGUUUGCUUUUGGAACAAUUUUAUCGAUGAGAAAGAGAAAAAUUCCUUGCUUCUCCGAGCUUUUGCAUCAAAAUGCUUGCGAUUUUCUCGACGUGGAAAAUCGCGCAUUCGACCUUUAUCGAGCCGAUUUAAGGAAGACAAGCUUGGUGCGGAUUUUUCUGAGUCUUUUUGGGCUAAAAUUUUGAUCAACUUGAUGAUGUCGUUUCUCUUGCAAACUUCUGCAGCGACCCAAGAGAAGACUAUUUUGAUAUUACAAGCUCUUUUGAUAUUACAAGCAAGAAAAACCACAGAUCCGACCGUAACGGAGCUGAGGUAUCCAAGUUUCGCAGGCACGAUCACGUUCUUUUUUUCGUCAACAACUACGAAAACUCGACCGGAGUAGCACUUAAAGACAUCGCUUUCAAAACAGGUUUUCGGUGAACAUGUGGGCAGACCUGAUCGGGAAUCAACUAAUAGAACCAUGGAAGCUGCCACAUAGACUCAAUGGGCCCAAUUAUUUGCAAUUCUUGCAAGAAGAUCUGCCUGGGCUACUAGACGCAGUGCUGACCCCUGAGGAGCAGGAAAACAUAAUAUUUAUGCAUGAUGGGGUUCCAGCACAUUUUGCGAUUGAUGUCCACAAUUAUUUGUACAACAUCUACCCAGAUAGAUGGAUUGGACGUGGGGGGCCAAUACCAUUGGCAGUUCGCUCACCAGACUUAAAUGCAUUGGAUUAUUUUUUCUGGGGAUACGCCAUAAAACAGAUGUAACAUAAUGCUGCAGCUGAAAAUGUAGAGGAGUUGCGAAAUCGCAUUAGGGACCAUGCGAACAGCGUUCCUAUGGUUAGACGAGCCACACACGACAUCUUGCGUUGCGCUGAAGCGUGCAUUCGAGAGAAAGGAGGGCCCUUUGAACAUUGGCGAAGAGGGACAAGGGCAAGAAAUAUUAAUAUGUUCAACAGUUUAUUUAGGUUUCUUGCUAGUAAAAAUACAAUCUAUCAACUGUU